AUGGCUAUCUCCUCAUCUACCAUCCUUCCUGCCUCUGCCAGGGCCAAUGGAGCAGCGACCAGAGGGGGAUGUGAACACCUGACCACUGUCCCCAAAACCAUGGGCAGUAAAUGCUGUAAGUCUCAACCAGAUGAUGAUGCUCCAGAGAGAGAGAGGCAGAAGUUGCUUCUUGCAAAACAACGCCAAAGAGCAAGAAUGAAGGCAGCUGGGAAGAUCCAGGCCUGGUGGCGUGGCACCUUGGUGCGUAGGACCCUGUUGGCUGCUGCCCUCAGGGCCUGGAUGAUUCAAUACUGGUGGAGAACAGUCACAUGGAGGCAGUUGGAUAAGCGACGGCAGAACUCAUUGAAGAUCUAUGUAAUCCAGGAGCAGGCAGCAGUCAAGCUCCAGUCGUGGGUUCGCAUGUGGCAGUGCCUUCAACGUUACUGCCAAGUAUGCAAUGCUAUCUGCAUACUUCAAGCUCCAAAGAGCUGCUUCACCUUCCAGACCAGUGAUGUUUCACCGGCCCAAUAUGGAGGCACUUACAACCAGCCAGAGUUCCAUAUUGAAAUCCUAUCAGUCUAAGAGUGCUAUAGGGUGGAGAACUGGCUCCACCACCCCAAUAAAUGUCUGACCAGGUUUUGUGCGUUUCAGUGACUUCCACGCGAUGGGAACCAAGGAUUCAGGUCUCCCCCUUCUCUUCUACUGGGGGAAACAUUUCAAUAUAGGUACCUCUAGAUUUUCCACUGUGGCACAAUGGAAUCAGCAGCAUCUCG